AUGUGUAAGUCCGACUCUCCGUCUCGUCCGUGCAGCACAGAAGGAUGCCUUGAGUCUGUGGCCUCGACGCGCCCCAUUUCGGCUGCUGCGGAGGCCGCAGAGGCGGAGAUCUCGCGGGAGAGCGACGCCAUGGAGGCCCUGGGGGCGGCCAUUGGGCCUGUGGCGGCCGCAAAGGCCCAGUCCGCCGCGUCUGCCGGGGAAUGUGGAGUCGCGAGUCAGACCGAGGAAGAUCUGCGAAGGAGAGCUUCGCGUGGGGGGCAGGCAGAAAGCGAAGACGGCGGCGGCCGAGGCGAUACCGGCGCGCCCUGCGCGUCCAGAGCCGCGCAGGAGGCCCCCGAGCAGCGCGUGGGGCGGUGCGGGACUCGAGACGAGGGCGAGGGCGCGCAUCAGGGGCUGCUGGGAGGUGAUUCGCGAAGCGAGGUGGAUGGGGGGAAGAGCGGAUCGGCGGAGGACGGCGACGCACACGCGGCAGAGGCCUGCGGGAGUGAACACCGCCCAGCACCGGAGUCGGGCGAGCCGUCCGCGGGAGAGGCCGCGGCCGCGGAGGAGGCGCCGGGCGCCGCUGCCUGCUGCGCGUCGGCGAACGAGUCAGAAGCAGGCACGUCGCGCCGGAGACUGAGCGCCGAGGAGGGAGGACAGAAGGGGCACUGCGAGGUGCACGCGGAGUCCGGCUCCAGCUCGACAGCGUCCUCUCCCUCCACGGCGCCCUCGUCGCCACACGACUUUGCACGCGCCUCGCACGAAGACAAGCACCAGUCUGCGCGAGAGGCGUCCUCCGCGGGCGAGGAGGGUUCCCGCUCUUCCGCGUUGGAGGCGCCCUGCUGUCCUUCAACGGGCGCUGCGCAAGAAGACCGGGCGCCCAUGGACUCGCCCGGCCCCUCGGCACGUCCCGAAGCUGCCGUCGGCGGCCUGGGCGGUUCUCUGGAAGGCGCUUUAUUCGCCGCGGCCUCUCCUGAGACUUCCGCGGCGCUGUUGCCGCCCUGCGAGCCCAGCAACGACGAGGGCGAUGAGGGCGACUCAGACGAAGGAGAGGAGGCGGAGACGAUCGUUGGCGAGCGCGAGAGCUGCCUGGGCGUCGGGAAGAGUUCCUCCGCUGGACUCGACUGCGCCGAGCGCGGGGCGCCGCUCCCGGGAGGGGGGGGGGGCGGGACCGCUGACAGCCAGCGGCAGGCGCUACCCACGGCGGCGCCAUGUCCUGCUCCGUCGCUGCCCCCCGCAGGCGCGGACGAGCGCGUCAGCAGCGGAGUCACCAAAGUCCGAACGAAAAUUCGAAAGAACGAAGCGGGCGACCUCGACGCGUGGAUAGAGGGCUUCCACGAAAACCCGCCGGAAAUCCUCUCUGAGGCCGACCUCUGGCGCGUCUGCCAGCGCAUCAAACAACUCCUCGUCGAGGAGAACAACGUGCAGCCUGUGCCGGCGCCGUGUAUUGUGUGCGGCGACAUCCACGGUCAGUUUUUUGAUUUGUUGAAGUUGUUCGAGGUGGGGGGCAAGGUAGGUGAGCAGAAGUACGUGUUUUUGGGCGACUACGUGGACCGGGGCUACAACAGCGUGGAGACGUUUGAGUACCUGAUGCUGCUCAAGCUAAAGUACCCCGAAAGCAUCACGCUGCUUCGGGGGAACCACGAGUCGCGGCAAAUCACCACGGUCUACGGAUUCUACGACGAGUGCGUGCGGAAGUACGGGAACGCGAAUCCGUGGAAGUUCUGCACAGAGGUCUUUGACUACCUCGCGCUCGCAGCGGUGAUCGACGAGUCGGUCUUCUGCGUCCACGGCGGCCUCUCACCCGACUUGAAGCUGCUUGACCAGCUGCGGCUGAUCUACCGAGUGCAGGAGAUCCCUCACGAAGGCACGUUUGGAGACAUCGUCUGGAGCGAUCCCGACGAGGUCGAGGGCUGGGCGGAGAACCCGCGCGGCGCCGGCUGGCUGUUUGGGGACAAAGUCGUGCGGCGCUUCAACCACGUGAACGGCCUUGAGCUGAUUGCCCGUGCCCACCAACUCGCCAUGGAGGGCUUCCGCUACAUCUUCUCAGACAGCAGCGUAGUGACUGUCUGGUCUGCGCCGAACUACUGCUACCGCUGCGGAAACGUCGCCGCCGUCAUGAAACUUGACGCAAACCUCAACCGGAAAAUGCUCAUCUUCAAACAAACCGACGACCCCCAAGUCGCCACCCGCGCCCGCGCGAUCGCGCCCUACUUCCUCUGA